CUGCCCCCUUCGCUCGGGGGCUAUCAGGGGCCAUCAGGGGCUAUCAGGGGCUAUCAGGGGGCCACGCAAACAGUUGCAGCUUCCGCGGCUGACCUCGGGAGGCUUCACACACACAGAGAGAGACACACAGCCGUGCGCACGGAGCCGCGGCCGGCGGUCAUGGCCGCGGCGGAGGGCUGUCGCUGCCGGGGCCCCGGGGGCCGGAACAACAUCCACAACAACAAUAGCAUUCUCUACAGCAUCCUGAGGAGCGACAGCCUCGUGACCGCCGAGGAACCGCAACAACAACAUCAACAUCAGCAUCCCCAACCAACGGCGCAGCACCUGCUCCAGAAGGGCCCCCCCUGCGCCCCGGGCCCCCCCUCCUCAGUCCCGGGGCCCCUGCAGGCGUGCUCGUGCGGCUCCACGCGCCGCCGGGGCGUGCUGCGCUCCCCGCAGGUGACCUGCAAAGCCGCGUCCGCGGUGCUGGUCAAGACCCUGCGCUUCGUCAAGAACGUCCCCUGCUUCCGCGAGCUGCCGGAGGACGACCAGCUGACCCUCAUCCGGAGCGGCUGGGCCCCGCUGCUCGUGCUCGGGCUCGCGCAGGACCGCGUGGACUUCGAGACGACGGAGACCGUGGAGCCCAGCAUGCUGCAGCGCAUCCUCACCGGGCCGCCGGACAGGCAGGGCGAGGUCUCGGCCGGACAGAGCAGGGCGUCCGUCGGGGUGUCCGUCCUGGACAUCGAGGCGAUUAGAGCUUUCCUGAAAAAGUGCUGGAGCGUGGACAUCAGUACGAAGGAGUACGCGUAUCUGAAGGGAGCUGUGCUCUUCAACUCAGAUCUGGAGGGUUUGCGGUGCCUGCACUACAUCCAGUCUCUGCGGCGGGAGGCGCACCAGGCUCUGAACGAGCACGUCCGGCUCAUCCACCGCGAGGACACCACGCGCUUCGCCAAGCUGCUCAUAGCCCUGUCCAUGCUGAGGUCCAUCAGCCCGGCCGUGGUCGCGCAGCUCUUCUUCAGACCCGUCAUAGGGACGGUCAACAUCGAGGAGGUGCUCAUGGAGAUGUUCUACGGGAAGUGAGCCUCAGACUCACCGCGGACCGGGAUGAAAAUUCGGAGGAGUUCAGCGGUCAGAUGAGCUGAGUUUCUCUGGGUCUCUUACUGAGUAGGUGAGGGGCAGAAGAGGACUGACUUUGUGACAGAGUGGCAAAACGACCAAAACCCCGCAAGAGUGCUUGUGAACGCAUGUGAGAGUGACAAAGAGAAAAUGCUGAGGGCGACAAAUGGUAUAACAGAGGAAAAAUUAUGAAGCAGCUGCUUGAAUUCCUAACUUAUUUGUUUCUACAUAAACUAUUUUUCUAUGAUAAUAAACAAAAAAGAAUG